AUGAAGGUCUCCGCCAUCACCACUCUCCUCGGCGCCGCCGUCCUCGCCUCAGCGCAGGCAACAGACUACUUCUUCCGCUACAUUGGCGGCAGCGACGUCACCCACGGCCAGCGGCUGCGGGGUAACAUCUCAUAUCCAUACUUCUCACCCGGCGUCACGCCCGCGCCGUACAACCCGGCCGACCACUUCAGCCGCAUCUACAUCAACGCCUCAACGCCGUCGGUGCUCUACGUGGUUCCCACCAACCCGCACCCGCCCCCGGUUCCGGGGUACUACGGCCUGAGCAACCUGGAUGAGGUUAGUGAUGCCUACCGACUGGUGCAGAGCUACCGCCCGAAUGACGAAGGGCCCGGGUUCCGCUAUCUCGAGUGGAAUGUGCUUCGCGCGGCCGAUGAGAGGGUGCUGCUGCGCUACAGCGGCGACGCAAACAGCGAGUGGAGGUGGAUUGUCGUCAAGGAGACGACAACGGCGGGUAUCGACAAGUGGGUACCGUGGUAUGUCAAGCCGUCGGCGGGUAACAUGGCGAACUUGACGGCGUGGGAUUACCGGCUUGUGGAUUUGGAGUUGGUUGUGGCGACUGGCCCGGUCAACUCGAUUGCGCCCGGCGGGGUGCAGGAGUAA